ACCAGCAAUCAUACCUCCGCCCAACAAGCCAAAGCCUCAAACCACAGCACCAUCUCAAGCUCCCGCCCCGUCAACCCCCGAGUCCAGAGCCUCCGCACGGUAACACAAGGCAGCACGGCCAGCUCCGGCGCCAUGUCCCUCUGCUCCAACUGCUCCACCCCUAGCCUCACUAGCCUCACCCUCGCCACGGCCAACUCCAAAGCCCCCUCGAAAACCUUAAAUCGCUACGAAAUCGCAGAACUGGGCCCUGGCUCGAUAAUCUGCACGCCGCACUUCGCGCCGCUCGGCGACCACAGCAUCUCCGUCACCAGCGAAGCACGCACGGAGAGCACCAUCGGCCCCGUGUCCACGAAGAUGCGGUACAUGGUCGUGCUGGCCAUCUUCCCAGAACACAUGAUCGCAUGUCCGCUGACGUCGCACUCGGGGCGGGGGCUGGCGAAUAAAUCGCGGGAGGUGCGCGAGGAGUUUAUGGGGAUCAGGGCGGAGGGGAAUAGGACGUACAUCAACGAUACGCCGUACCGGUCGCUGAUUGUGCGGCGGGGGGAGAAGUUCAAGCUACUGGAUUCGUCGGUGGUGCAUGUGAUGGCGCCGGUGGUAGCGACGACUAAGGCGACGGCGAGUUUGGUGGGGAGGGUGACGAGGGAGAGCGCGGCGGAUCUUGUGGCGGUGUUUAAGGAUAUGUUGCCCCGGAUUUACUAGGUGAGUGGGGCUUUUAGUAUGGCGCUGACGUAUAGGGAAUAUGAUUGAUGCAAAUGGUUUGCUGAGUUGGCUCUGGCAGAGAAUUAGAUGUUUGAGGGCCCAUUGAUUGUCAUCUCUUCUCUGUGGCCUUUUUUCUGGUGCCGUCACGUCCAUGCCAGCUCCAUCCAUCUCUGGCAUGACAACGGAUAUGACUACGAUUGGUGGCCGCAUUGGCGACGUGUU